CAUCUGUGUUUUCCGCAUAAAGAAUUAGAGAAAGAAAGCAACUUUACGCAAGUGCCUGGUAUUAUUUUACCAAACUAGAUCUAGACUUCAGCUGUCGGUGCACUGAACUCUCGCUCUCAGAGUGUUGGAGCUGCAAGUAUCAAAUCCAUGGCGACAGUCACACCUUCACUAGUUCCACUCCUCUUCUUUGCCAGAAUCUCAGGGCUUGCAGUUGCAGCUCUGGUCAUUUUCUGGGCUUUCUACUUCAAAUCCAGCUUCCUUCCUCACUCUUCCCCACAAGAACACCAAGCCCUCAUCUAUUCAGCUCUUCAUCCUCUGUUCAUGGUCAUUGGGUUUAUUCUCAUUAGUGGAGAGGCAAUUUUGAUCCAUAGGUGGUUGCCUGGUUCAAGGAGUUUGAAGAAAUCAGUGCAUUUGUGUCUUCAAGGCAUGGCUUUGGCUUCUGGGAUAGUUGGGAUUUGGACUAAAUUUCAAGGGCAGAAAGGCAUUGUGGCUAAUUUCUAUAGUUUGCAUUCUUGGAUGGGGUUGAUCUGCAUCCUCUUGUUUGGAGCUCAGUGGUUGAUGGGGUUCCUGAGCUUCUGGCAUCGAGGGGAAGUGCGCUCGGUGAGGCUAAGGGUGUUGCCGUGGCACAUCUUCCUUGGACUCUACACGUACGGUCUGGCCGUGGCAACUGCAGAAACGGGGCUUUUGGAGAAGUUGACAUUCUUACAAACGAAGAGGAAUGUGUCUAAACACUGUACCGAGUCGAUGGUUGUGAAUAGUUUGGGACUGGGGCUGGCAAUGGUCAGCGGCUUUGUAAUUUUGGCUGCAGCGUCGCCUAAAUACCAAGCUCUUCAAAGUAAACUCAUUUACUCAUCAGACAGCAAAAAGUCCAUGUCUUCUUAAUCAUUUUUUUUUUUUUUUUUUUUAAACUCAUCUAGUGAUCUUUGCAACGAUGCAAUCUUGGUUUGUGUUUUUUACUCUGUAAAUGUUAUUUUGUUGGUGAUGGUAAAUGUUUGAUCCAAGUUGGUGUAUGAAUUAACCCAGUUGACAAAACAUUUUCA